GUACCAUUUCGUUUAAACCACAAGGCAAAAAUAACUCUGGAGUACAGCGAAACCAUCAAAACUAAGGCAAUAAUUACUUGCGUGGUGACAGACAAAGAGAAAGCCUUUAUCUUCCAAUCGUCGGGCCACAUUUCAUAGCAUACGCCGUUGGCGACUCUCAUGUAAGUGAUAUUGGGGAUGUUGUACAUCGCUGAAAUAAUCCAGGCGGCAGUUAUCAUAAUCUGGAAAGGAGAGACACAUAGAGCCAAGAUACAAAUCUAUUUCCCGGCAUCGUUUUGCUUUCCUAUUAGGGAGGACCAAUAAAUUGCCAAAGCGGCAGAGUAGUCGUUUGAAAUUUCGUUUUUACAAAUACUGCAUGGGUCGAGCUGGCGAGAAAAAGGCAUAGCGAAGUAAAGGAAUAUACUGACACAGGAAAAGGUAAAAAUCUACUUGUGACUCAUGGCGGAAACUGGGAUUGUCAUGACAAUCCUCUUCAUACUUGUCUCGGUAGAUAUCGUGGGGAAUUCUCUCGUUUGUGCGAUAAUAUGGAAAAAUAGAAAUCUCAGGACCCCCAUUCAUAUUCUACUUUUUAACCUUGCUGUGGCGGAUGGUCUCUUUGCGUUGUUGAUUGCACCAAAACUCAUUGUGAGCCUCAAUUCAAAGCACCCCGAGGGGACGGGUGGUUCAGUUUUGUGCCUGUUGAUAACUGGUGGAGCCUUCGCGUGGGUUGCAGCACUGUGUGCCAUUUAUACUCUGGUUGCGAUUGCCGUCGAAAGAUACUAUGCAGUCACUGAUCCGUAUGGCAAGAAAUGGAAUCUCACUAAGAGAAAACUGAAGGUAAUGAUAAUAGCUUUCUGGAUCUUAGCCGCAAUAGCAUGCAUCCCCAACACCAUGUACAUGAGGGUCAAUAAUGGCCACUGCUAUGAAAAAUUUCCUAAAGAAUGGGUUAUCAAGGCUUAUACUCUAUGGAACACCACCCAAGUAUUUGUUGCCUUGUUACUGAUGGUCACGUUAUACUCCAGAGUCGUGCGCACGUUAUGGUUUAAAUCAAAUAUUGUUGCCCACCCUGUGACAUCUCAGCAAAAAGGUGUAAUGAGAGUCCGCAAGCGAGUCACCUUAAUGGCUGUGGUUGUCAGUAUCAUAUUUGGAAUCUGCUGGGGCACAAUCCAGAUUCUUUACACCUUGCAUGCUUUCGAGGUUUUUCGGUUGGAUAAAGUCGUUAUCGCAAUUUCCAACAUUCUGGUAUUGUUUAAUUCUACUAUCAAUCCCUUUGUGUAUGCUCUGCUCAGCGAAAACUUCAGACAGAAAUUAAAAGGAAUGGUCCGAUUCCCAAGGGCUACUGUUGGUGCCACAACGGAGCUUCAUAACAUUGAAGUCCACAUUGCAAGAGAUAAAUCCAACACCCCUGAUGUUUCGAUCAAUACAACAACAUCCGUGAGCCAGGAGUAAAAAAAAAAAAGAACUUUUUUCAAGCAAUCAUUUAAUUAAAUAACACGUCAUAAAUAGACUUGAAAGACUGGCACUUAGCGUAGAAAUUGUUGUGUUUUUUUGCGGGAAGCUGUACAGAUAUAGUUCAAUUUAGGAAUAUAUAUGACAAGAUAA